AUGGAAACAAAAGGCAUGUGUUUACAUUUCAUGCCACUUUCAGAAAAUGUUCUGAGAAUUGAGAUAUAUAUAUAUAUAUAUAUAUAUAUAUAUAUAUAUAUAUAUAUAUAUAUAUAUAAUACCAAUUAAUCUCUUCAUGGCAAGAUUCUUUUAGCUAAAACAGGCUUAUUGCUAAAUAGGCCCAAAUAUAAUUUUUCCAAUAGAAGUUAAUGGAAAAACAGAUAUUCAGGUACAAGGUGUAAGUUUAUCUUAUAUCCAUAAUACUUACAUUUGACUGGGAAGCAUUAGAUUAAAUAUUUUAAUGAAAUUAUCUAAUAAGGACCAGGGACUUUGUUUUAUGACGCUGAACACUGCUAAUAAUAACUACAUAUUUUGGAAAAAAACCUGGCUAAAUAUGAGACCAAGUAUGUAUAUUCUUUAUCCCUAGUAUGAUAAUGUUAAAGGUUUUAAUGGAAAGAAUAAUAUAUAAUACUAAGCUUGAGAAUCCCAGAGAUCCCCUCUGUUAACAUUGCCUAGUGUAUUGUAAAAUUAGACUUUUUGUAAUGACAAUAAGCACUGUGCUAAUACUGUUGGUGCUAAGCUUACAUUUGGGAAAGGGACACAGCUUCAUGUGUCACCAAGUGAGUAUAUUUAUGAUUAUUCUUAUAAUAAAAAUGAUAUGGAAGUAUUACAUGAAGAAUAGUGCAUAUUCUGUAUGAUCCCACAAGCACCUUCAUGGUACAUUUUGUAAUGGCAUUGAGCACUGUGCUAAUAAUGCCCUUAGUAAACUUACCUUUGGGAAAGGAACUUAUCUUCAUAUAAAGCCAAGUAAGUCUGUAAUUAUAUGUAUACAACACCUUUAUACUUUUAUAAUACAAAUUGAAAUAUAUAUUGGAUAAUGCUUGUUUGUUAUAGCCUUACCAUAUAUUUAUAUAUUUAACAACAGUAAAAAAGAUUCAGGCAUGUGACAAUGAAUUGAUCCAAUUUCUUUUUUAUGGGCUUCUAUGUAUUUAUUGAUGUCACAUUAUCAUCAGUCACAUCUGCUGCAAGCAUAUUGCAGACUAUAAACUCACAUGGAUAUUUCUGGCAGAAUAGGGAAAAAUUUCCCUGGUAGUCAACUCUAAUGGGUUGUUUGACACUAAAUAACCUAUUGUAUUCUGUCCUUGUUGUAUUAUAACCUUAAUUCAUACCCUUUAAGGCUGUAGGCUUUAAUGAAUAUAAUGAAUAAUGAAUGCCUGAUGUGUUGGAACAGAUUAACAUAGAAACAUAGAAUGUGACGGCAGAUAAGAACCAUUCGGCCCAUCUAGAUUAAAGCCUAGUCUUAUGGUCAAGUCUGCUUUUCUUUGUUUUAUCUUAUUCUGCAAAUUUAAUGUAGUUUUCACCAAUUAACAUUAUUCACUAAAGUGCUGUGGUGAAUUAAAAAAAAUAUAUUUUUAUUUGGGCCUAUAUUUCCAAACUCUUCACUAGAACUCGCUAUUUAAUUAAAAAAAGAAAAACAUCACAUAAAUUGUAUUCAUUAUAUGUGUGUAUAUUACAUAGCAUUUAGUUGAUGCAAAUUUAAAGUUAAUUAAAUGAAUUCCUCUUUUGAAUAAAUGUGUGUGUGUGUGUGUGUGUGUGUGUGUGUAUAUGUAUGUAUGUAUGUAUAUAUAUAUAUAUAUAUAUAUAUAUAUAUAUAUAUAUAAAUAUGGAGAGCGAGAGGGAGAAAACUGGUAUAGCUGCAAAUGUUAUUGUAAUGAUGCACAACACUGUGUAUGUCUGGUAAUUACAAACUUAUAUUUGGAAAAGGGACCAAGUUAUCAGUUAAACCAAGUGAGUGUCUAACAAUUUGUAUAACUUAAUGAGUAUCUUAUUUUUAAUACAGACAGUAAUGUAAUAUUUGAGUGCAUUUCCUAGGGAGAUAAAGGACUUUGGCACAGUAACUUCCACAAUGAAACAAUGAGAAUGUUCAAAAUUUACUGUCAGACUGACAGUGAGCAUUUACAUCUGAAAUUCCUAUGCUGAAUAGGUCACAAAAUACUGAUCUUAAAAUAAGCAAAAAAGGUCCAUUGCUUUAUAUGACUAUUUAUAGUUUCAAACAAAGUUUUUUUAGUUGCAGAAAUGUACAGAAUAUAUUUCUUAAGAGACUAGUUUAAUUAAUUUCCUGUAGUGAUUUUAAUAUUUAGUAAUCAGUACUGUGCAGUAAAUUAUUUAAUGAUUAGAAGUACAUCUAAUUGAAUGAUAUAUGUAAUUUUGACUCUGAUAACUCACAAGUGAAAAGUAUACUCUGGAUCGUAUGUCUUAUUAGUGAAAAAGGUAUUUUUGGGAUUUAUUAGAUAUUUAAAAAUUGAGUGUAUUGAGCAAAUAUUUAAAAAUAUAUUUGUUCACAUAAAUGUCAAACAAAGGUCAUGGAUAUUCAUAUUUCUAUUACAAAUUGCAUUGACAUUAGCGUGAUAUAUACACUUAUCUAAAUGAGGUGUUUUAUGGUCAAAUUCUUCUUUUCCUUCUGCAUUACGGACCAUUUACAGAAUACAAACCUAUAUUUUAAUUUUCUAUUUUCAUCUAGCAGACAGAUGUGGUUUUGACCUUUUUAUAGUCAAAUACAAAAACAUAAAUAUGUGAUCAAAACUGUUAUCAGCUUGUGGUUAAUGGUUAUGUAUGUUGUCUGGAUGAAGAUGGAGUGAGUUGACUAAGUAAUCCGUAAUCUCCCGAUAAAUAAUUUCUAGGAAUCUUGGACAAAAGCCCUGACACAAUGUUUGCAGAGAUAACAUUUGUGGAUUGGACCUGGUUAUACAAAGAUGGGUAGCAAAAUAAUACUGUUCACUAGCCUUAUAUAGAAAUGUGAUAAUAGGUUAGGUUUGUGUAGCAUCAUUUAUUACUGUGCUACUACUGGUAGCAGGAAAUUUAUUUUUGGCAAAGGCACCAAGCUAUUUGUUCAUCCAAGUAAGUAUAUUAUAGUUAUUAUAAUUUAAAAAAUGUACACACUAAUCUAAGUGAUUUUCAUUAGUGAGAAAAUGGUCAAUCAUAUCACAACGUUCCGUAUAUAAAAGAAGAAACAAGAAUUAGCAAAGUAAAAGUGACUUGCUGAAUUAGACAAUGUUUCUCAUUUUGGCAAUUUUACCCUAAUAUGUGAAAAUCACUUUGAAUUCCCAACAAGUCAGAAUGUUGUGAAUAUCACUGUGUAAAAAUACAGCGAAAUAGUUUUUAUUGGUAAUAUGACAUUCCAACGUGUUAUCAUUUGAUUUUUAAUGUUUAUAACAAUUGUCUAUGCCAUUAUGAAUAUUUUCUUGGUUAAAAAGGCCAUUAACUGAAAUACCACAACGCUAAUUGUUAAACUGGUAAAAGGUGUGCAUUUUAAUAGACAACUUCCAAAUUAAAGUAAUUAAUGAGUUUGCAUUCAAAAAUUGACAGAUAAAGGACUAAUAGGUAAGGGAAUCAUUUAUGAACCUUUUUGCAAUGACACUGAGCACUGUGCUAAUACUGAUGGCUUUAAAGUUGUCUUUGGGAAAGGGACCCAGUUACAUGUGAGACCAAGUAAGCGUUCAUUUAUUACAUUUCCUACUUAAAUUCUAUAGUUCUAUUUUUUUUUGUUACUGUCAAAAACUAUAUAUUGAGGGUUUAUAUAAAAAAAAAAAACAAUUUGGGGUUGAAAUUCUAAAGGAACGGUAUGUUGGAACCUUUCCCUGGAAUUGUUGUUUAUUUUUAAAUAAUUAUUCUUUCACUAUUCUUACAAUGGGACAUUGAAUGGGGAGAUUGAAAUAUGUAUGAAUCAUGUAUCCUAAAUAACAUUAUGUUCUAGGAUUCAUGAGAAAGAAAUGCACGAUGUUACACUAAUACAGCAUCUCAGUGUAUACAUCUGAUAAAGACACCUGGUGCUUGCAAAGUGACACUUUUUGUAAUGACAUUCAAUACUGUGUUAAUACUGGUGGAGUCAAUAAGCUUAUAUUUGGGAAAGGGACCCAGCUGCAUGUUAUACCAAGUGAGUUGAUUUUUAAUAUUAAUUGUAUUUUAUAUGCCAGGAAAGACCCUUUACUACAAAUGCAGAUGUAAUACACUGACCCCAUAUGCAGAUAUUGAUCAUGAGGGAAAUUUAUAUAAGGGGUUAACACUCGAUGCAUGUGUGCCAAUCCUGGGUUUUUGUAAUGAUACUGAGCACUGUGAUAAUAAUGUCAAUAAAUUGGUCUUUGGGAAAGGGACCCGACUGCAUGUGACACCAAGUGAGUGUGUGAUUGUUUAUUAUUACAAACUGUACUUUAUUGUAUUUAAUGAUUACAUUACACAUUGUAGGGAACUCAAAUCUGAAUGGUAAAUUUAAAAAAAAAAUAGGAUUAAAAACUGAAUUGGAGAAUUUGUCUACUUGGCAUAGUCGCAUCUUGGCUAUUUUCGAUACUUUUACAAUUCAGAUCUUAGUUCUUAACAAUCUUGUGUACCAUUAACUCUCUUUCCAAGAGGUUUGUUCACUAAAUAACCAGGUAUAAUUAAGCAAAACUGUAAUUCAAAUGAACAAUGCUAUUGAUUAAAAUAGUUACAUUUACAACUGUGAUGUAAGUUUUGAAUGUAAAUUGUAAAAAUAGUAAAAUUCACUAUUAGUGGAGAGACUCUUGUGUGCUUGCAGUGUUUGCCUCUCGAUGACUUUCAGUAAUGACACUGAACACUGUGCUAAUACUGGCUUAAAUAAAUUUAUAUUUGGAGAUGGGACAAGGCUGCUAGUGACACCAAGUGAGUCUCUCUCUGUUCUUUAUAUGUAUCUUAUGGAUGAAUUUAAAGAAAUAACCUUUUAUAUGUUUAAACAAAAUAAGCACAAAUAUAAAAAAAUCAGAGUGCGAUAAAGUCAUCUACUUAUAUCUGAAUGGGUUGUUUUAUGGCCAAAUUCCUAUUUUCCUUCUGCAACAUGGGUCAUUCACAGAAUACAAACCUAGAGAUUUCAGAUUUCAGUUUUUGUGUAGUAGACAGGUCAUUUACUGUUGAUGAGUGAAUGCUAAGAAUACCAUCAGCUGGUGGUUGAUGUAGGUUGACUUUGCUUAAUGGUCAGUUGAUUACAUUCCUAUGUCUGCAGAUAAGCCAUUUCUAUCAAAUUCAGGGAAAAGCAUAGUUUGUAAAAAACAGUAUUCACACAGUUAGGGUUUGCGGAGUAGACAUAGUUAUAGAGCAGUGGUAGGCAACCUUUGGCAAGGUAAACAAGGAAUGUUGGGCACUAGCCUAAUGCAGAGAUGUAAAAUUAGUUUAGGUUUCAGUACCAUGAUGUGUUACUGUGCUACUAGUAAUAACUUGAAAAUAGUUUUUGGCAAAGGCACCCAGCUAGCUGUUCAUCCCAGUAAGUAUUUAGUAGUGGUUAAUAUUUCAAAAAAUACACACUAAUCUAACUGGCGACCACGAUUAAGACACAUUUCACUUUUAUCAGUACAUUCACUAUAUGAAACCAUAGGCUGUUAACCAGUAUUUAAUACCAGCUCCUGUUUUACUAUAGCCCUUAUAUACGUUAAAACACAGUUAAAACACAGUUAAAACACUAUCUACUAUAAUGUGAACGUUCAAGAAUUCAAAAUGGACUAAAAAAUUCUAGGCCAAAAAAGCGUAACUAAAAACAAAACAGCCUUAAGGAGUUUUUCCAGUUUCAGUUCCAGUUUUAGCCUAAAAUAUUAAAUUCACUUUGAAUUCCUGUCACUUCAUUUAUAAAGUGAAGAUGAAUAGUUUACAUCUCUAACAUGAAAAUGUGUUCUCAUUAUAUUUAUUUGAAUGUUUAAAACAUUGUUCUGCUCCCUUCUAUGACAGAUUGAUUAUUCUCCUGAGCAAAACUAUAAUUAACUGAAACAGCACAAGGUUAAUUGAUGACAUCGUUAGUGAACGGUGUACAUUUUAUAUGAAUGCUUAUUAGAGAGGGCAGUUUAGUAAUUAAUAUAAUUUGAGUUCAAAUAUAUACAGAUGAAGGGAUCUAGCAAUAUAUGAACCUUUUUGUAAUGACACUGAGCACUGUGCUAAUACUGGUGGCUUUAAAAUUAUCUUUGGGAAAGGGACCCAGCUGCACGUGAGACCAAGUGAGUGUUCAUUUUGUAAAUUUCCUAGGUAGAUGUAAUAAUUAUGUUUUUUAUUACAGACAAGAAAGUGACAUUGGGGGUUUAUGUAAAAAAAAAAAAAAAAAAAGUACAAUUUGGGGUUAAUUUUCUAAAGGGGAAGAAAUAGUAUGUUUGAGCUUUUCCCUGUAAAUGCUGGUUAUUUUUAAGCAUCAUUCUUUGACUAGGUCAAUAAUGGAGACACUGAGUGGGAAAUAUGCAUUAAUCAGGUAUCCUAAGUAACAAUGUGUUCUAGGAUUUAUGAGAAGGAAAUGCACGAUGUUACAUUAAUACAGCAUCUCGGUGAUUACAUCUUAUAAAGACACCUGGUGCUUGUAAUGUGACACUUUAUGUAAUGACAUUCAGUACUGUGAUAAUACUGGCGGAACCUAUAAGCUUAUAUUUGGCAAAGGUACCCAGCUGCAUGUUAUACCAAGUGAGUUGGUUUUUAAUAUUAUUAAUUUAAUUUACUAUGAAAAUACUAUGUACUACAGGAGUGCACACAAUACACUGAGACUCUAUGCAGAUACUCAUAGCAGGAGGUAUGGUGUUACGUGAAUAGUGAAUAAUCCUAUAGGAUUAUUCACUAAAGUGAGGACUGCUGGGAAUACCAAAUGUAAAACCAAUAUAGAUGAAACUGUUUGCAUAGCAUGGUCCAGCUAAUCUGGGCUCAAAUGUAACUUUGAAUUCCCAGUAAGAGUAAUCUGGCCAUGUGAUUACAUCUAACAAAGACACCUGGUGUUUGUAAUGUAACACUUUUUGCAAUGACAUUUAGCAUUGUGUAAUACUGGUGGAUUCAGUAAACCUAUAUUUGGGAAAGGGACACAGCUACAUGUCAUACCAAGUAAGUAUGUUAUUGUUAUUAUUAAUUGUAUUUUCUAAUAUUUCUUAGCUAAAAUCUGAAUUAUAGCAAAUUGAAAUCUGAAUGACAAAAUUUAGACCAUUAUAACAUAUUUGGAGAAAUUUUCCACCUCAUCUACAGUCACAGCUUGGCUAUUUUAUCCUUUAUUCUUCUAUUUAGAUCUCAAUUCACUAUAAUUCAGUGCUUAGUGAAUAAUCCUUUAUAAACACAAUAGCACACUAACAUUAACUAUUCAUCAGAGGGAGAUGUUUGUUGAACAAUUAGCAGUUGUGAGCUGACAUCUAAUCAAAAUACAAAAUAGUAUAGCCAAUGAAAAAUAUGAUUAUUUUGGUUAAAGUGUACAGUUAUGAUGAAAAUUUUAAAGUCACUUGUACACAGAGUAAAACUCCCUAUUGGUGAAAAGCACCCUUGUACUCGUAGUUAAUGCAUCUCCAUGACUUUCUGUAAUGACACUGAACACUGUGCUAAUACUGGCUUCAAUAAGUUUAUAUUUGGUGAUGGGACAAGGCUGCAAGUGACACCAAGUGAGUCUCUCUGUUUCUAUGUGUAUUAUGAAUGCUUGUAAUUGAGACUCUAAUUGAAGACUUUAUUGAGGUUUUAAAGAUAUAAGCGCAACAUCUACCAUUGGGGCUGUAGAAAAUAGUUCAUCAAUAAUUGCACAUAAAGUGCUUGUACUUAAGGGUACUUCAAAAAAACAACAAAAAAACAGCUUUUAUUCAGGAACAGAUGUCCGACAAUGAAAUUGAAAAAAAACAAAACACAUUCAAGUUGAAGAUGAGAUGAUGUAAUACUGGUUAUAAAUAAGACUAUAGACAUGUCAAUUGAGAUAUAUAGCCAAGUUUUCUCAAUUUAAUGUUUUCACACUUAAAAUGAUGUAAUAAAAAUGGCCUGCAAAAACAUGCAAGAAAGGUAAAGAAGAAAAUAAUUUCAGUUAUGUGCAAGAAACAAUAUAGUAUCUACCAUGAUUAGUCAACUUAGAAUCUUGAGUAAUCCAUUAGAAUUUUUGAAUAAAUCUUGUUAUUAAACAUUUCUAGACACAUUUCUUUUAUUUAUGAACUAUAACAUCACAUUAUACAGCAUGAAUAAAUAUAAAACAAACCGUUCAGGUAAAGGCACCUGAUGCUUGCAUUGUUUGAUGUCAUUUUGUAAUGACACUGAGCACUGUGCUAAUAAUGGCUACAAGUUUAUAUUUGGAGAAGGGACAAAGCUGGAAGUGAGACCGAGUGAGUGUAUACUUUUUUCUUUCACAAAAAAUUACAGAAUAUUUACAGUUUAUUCGCUGAACACUAAAUUUCAUUAAAUAGAAAACCAAAUUACAAAGUAUGCUAAAAAAAUCAGCCUUGGAUAACUUUCCAAAUAAGCUCUAUUGACCAUUAUUUUUCUCUUGUUUAGUGAAGAUCUAUUUUUAAUUUAUAGAACAAAUAUACAUAAGUAAUUUGGGUCAUUCUCCUGAAGUGAGUACUUUCUUAGCAUCACAUGUGUAAUACAAACAAGUAUUGACAAUUUUUAUGAGCGGCAAAAAUAAAUGUGGACAUAAAUGUAAUUGAUACAUGAAUAAGAUUGUAUGUGAUCAAACCAAUGUCAGAGUGUGUUUGCCAUACUUGGUUUUAUGCAGACAAGUGACAUUUUGCAUUUUUUAUUUUGAUCUCUUCCCUGACUCCUAGGAAUCUCUAUUUUUCCAUCCAUGUUAAAGGAACAGUUAAGGGACAGUUAACCAGGCUGUAUGACAAUAUUUUAAACCUGUUAGAAAGUUAAUCUGUAUAUAAACAGUGUUACAUAAUUCAGUUGAUAUAUUGCCUAAUUACUAGGAAAUACAAAUCCACAUAAUAGUUAUAUUAUUGUUAAAUGGCUCACUGUAAAGUCACAUUGUAAAGAAAUCCUAUUAAUUUUACAAUGAAUUAUUGCAUGAAUAAAUCAGGUCCAAAAUAGUAGUCAUAAUAGCUUUUAUGACACUUGUCUAUAUUAGCCUCCUGUUUGUCAGGUUGCUGUGAGUUUGCCACAAUUCAUAUCCCCAGAGAUUUACAAUACAAUGUAAUUAGGAGAUGUGGUGACACAUUUAACUGGUAAUUGAAUAGCAUUUCUUCUCAUGGUUAUAAAAGGCUCCUUUCUAACCAGUGAUAAUUGUAGCUCUGAUCAGAAUAAAGCCUCUGAUUUGAAUCCCGGAAUAUUUAAAAAGAAAGGUACUGAUAUAUCAAUAGGCUUCCCUGUGAAUAGGAAAUUACAAUACAUUAUUCCCAUAUAGAUUUUGCUAAGAUUUGUGAAUGGGUCUUGCUGUAACAGCAUUAUGGUCCAUGUCUCACAUACGUAUACAUAAUAAAUACACUGUAGUGUUCAUGCUGCUUUGCUGGUGGGCUUAUUGUUGUUUACUGUGUGAAUACUGGCUAUAGAUACAUCAUUGGUUCAGGCACACAGCUAACUGUUAUUCCCAAUAAGUAUUAAAUCGUUUUUCUAUUCAACUGAUGCAGAUCUGUUGGAAAUUAUGAAAUCUCCCUUAAUUGUCAGAAAUAUUAAAUGGGCUUUUGUGUGCAAUUGGUCAAACUGUAUUUUUUUUUUACUCUAUUAAUGGAAACAAUAUUGUGAUAGAACUGGUGACUGCAUAUAUGUUUGUAUUAAUUGUCACAGAAAUCAGCAAAACAAACUGAGUAGGAUACUUAAUAAGUAUUGGCAUGUGGUGGAUUGAAAAUAAAUAUUGCAAAAUCCAUGCCAAAAUAGCCCAGUAGAAAAAAUAGCUGAGAUCUUUUUCAACUCACUCAGCUAUUUUGGUCUACAUUUUCCAAUUUAGUUUUCAUAUGUAUUUCAUAUAACCUUAUUUAUAAAUACUUUCAAUCACAGCGCCAUAUAUUUUGAUAUAUGACAUUUAUUUAUUUUAGAUAUUUAGCAUUUUAUUUUUUUUAUUCAUUAAGUAUUUUACUCUGAAGCAGGAUCUGCUGAUGGAGUCAUUGAGGGAGAUUUGUUUUUAAUAGAGAGAGAAAUAAUCUAACAAUUUUUUUCACAAAUAACAAAAAGUGCAAUGAAGUCAAUGUAGCCACUAGCCAGGUAUGUGAGAUUGUGUAAAGCUGUGAGUCAGUGUGUGAAUGCUGGUGGUGGAUGGGGGAAGAUAAUAUUUGGAAUGGGGACAAAGCUGACUGUCAUCCCAAGUAAGUAGAUUCUUGGUGACUUGUCCGUGAAUAUGUAAAUAUCACGAAGAUAAUUAAAAUCUGUUACCAUAAAAUUAAAUCUAGGGCAAAUCAAAAUACUAGGAACCAGAGAAAUACCCAUAAGAUACUUAUUAAUAUCAUCAUCUCCUUAGCCAAAUACCUGUAACAUGCAUGAUGUUAGAUUAAGUACAUGUUAAUUACAUAUCUUUAAAAGUCUUGACUUUAACCUGAAGACUUAAAAGUCUUGACUUUAACCUCUCACUAUAUUUUCAUAACUUCAUGGUGAUCUUACUUGGCAGGCUGCAAUGUACAUACAUUUAUUUCAUUUUAAAAUAUGGGACAUUUUAGAACCAUUUAAAAACUUCAUUAUACUGAAUAUGUCACACUUAAUAAAAGGAUUACUAUGCUCUGUGAAAAACGGGGCUUAAAGGAUGAUACUGUACGAAUCUUUGUGAAUUACUCAUCAGUAUUGCAUUAGUUCAGUUAUAUGACUAUAAAUAGUUAUCAUUGUGCAAAUCCUGUUUCACAAAAAAAGUUAUUUUUUUCAUUUUAGAUGAAUAAAUAUAUAAAAAGUAACUGUUAUUCAGUAAAAAAAAGAAAAACAUUCAAAAUUGUUCAUUUGAUAUGUAUUAGGAACACAGUGUUUGCAUUAAUACCCAAUAUCCUUAAUGCCACUGUUUGUCAGACAUAGAUUGUCAAUAAUUAAUAUGAUUGCACUUUCAUCAGGUAUCCAUUUCUCACUUCAAAUGUAGUGUGUAGUCAUGUUUGUAGAGGGGUGAGCCUGGUUUGUGUAAUGGUGUGUGUGACUGUGUUGAUACCGGUGGCAGAAAGCUAAUCUUUGGCAGAGGCACUCAGCUUUCUGUCCAACCCAGUAAGUAUAUCAGACCACACUUAUCAAAAUUUCCCAUCUAAUUGCACACAUUGGGUUUACCAGAAAUGUAACAGUCAUUGUUUAAGGCAAAUAAUACAUGGUAACUGGUAUUAUGCCAUAUGUAAGGUCAAUACACCAACAAAUCAUUGAUCUCAAGAGAUAAAUAAAGGGAAGAUACUGUAAAUCUGUAAAGGAAGCAAAGUAAAGUCAUUUUUUCAUGUUAUUAUACAUAUGUUGAACAUACAAAAGCACCAGUACUAAAUUAAAUAAUAAGUGAAUUGAUUAAUUAAUGAUCAUGAUAGUAUUAUUGAUGAUUUAUAUUAUUAUUUUAAUUAUUGUAUCACACUUCAUAAAGUGUCAGAGAUCAAUAAUAAUUAUGAAAUAGAAGACCACACAGGAUCAAUGAUCAACCUAUAUAGAUAUAUAUUGAAAUGGAAAUGCUUCUAAUGACUGCAUAUUAACAGAAUCUAAUUAUAACUGCCCUAUUAUCACACUGGCUAAAAAACUGUGCCUAUUGUGUAAUGGAUUAUGUGGCUGUGCCAAUUAUGAUAGCACAAAUAAACUGGUAUUUGGUGGAGGGACACAAGUCUAUAUAAAGCCCAGUACGUUUAUUAAACUUAAUAUCAGAGAAACUUAGACAAAUCCAUUUAUGUUUAUAGAAUGUCCUAACAACAUGUAAUACAUUUUUAUUGAGAUGGCAUCCGGAACCAAUUAUCUUAACCCCUCAAGGACACAUGACAUGUGUGACAUGUCAUGAUUCCCUUUUAUUCCAGAAGUUUGGUCCUUAAGGGGUUAAGGACUUAUCUAUGUAAAAAAGAGUUGGAAAAAUAUCCUAAAUCUACUUUACUGAAUCUUUUGUUUCCCAACAAUUAAUUUGCAAGUUGAUUGUUCCGUCGUGAUGUCUGUUUUUAGUGUAUGCAUGCAUGAGACCAUUUAUACAGUUGAUGUUCAAUAAAAUGUGUCUCUAAACACAAUCUUAAUACUCAUAUACAGAUAGACCUUGUUAUGUUAUAAUUUAGUGUCAGAUAGUUGAGUUCAUAUGCAAGAAUUUAGUUAAUUCUUAACUCAUCAUAAGACACUCAAAAGAAAAUACUUUAGAAUAUUAAAUACAUUUUUGUUUUAUAAGUAAAGAAUAAAGUUCUUACUGGACUGAACUUGUACAUGAUCUUUGUAAGUGUUCUACACAUCUUUUACACUGCAUAUAUAAUAUGAACCUGGUUUCUGUAAUGGUGUGUGUGACUGUGCUAAUAGUGGAGGCAGCUGGAAACAGAUAUUUGGCAAAGGAACCAAGCUGACAGUCCUUCCAAGUAAGUGAAUUUAGGGUAUCAUAUUUUAUUUUUGGGAUCCAAUAGACCAGAUCAGUAUAGAAUUAUAUGAUAAUUAAAGUAUCAGUAUAGAUUGCACCAUGUCCAGUAUAUAAACAUAAAAUAUUUCCAGCUGUAAGUCAUAUUGGAAAGUGGUCCAAUGUGGCCAAACGUAAUUUUACAGCUUAAGACUUAUUAAGCUAAAGGAGGCCUUUAGUGGACUAUUUUCUUUAUAUCCACUUAUAUUAUUUAACUUGUUCUGAUAGUGGUGAAGGAUGUAAUCACCCUCUGACAUCAUACUGUAUAGAUGUAUAUCACUGUGCUUAUGGAAGUGGAGCUUAUGGGAAACUUAUUUUUGGGUCUGGAACUAAAUUAAUGGUUAACCCUGGUAAGUGUUUUUAUUAUAAGAUGAGAAUACGUAUAUGAGCGUAUAUGAACAUGUAUCAUUUAAUGUGGCUGAAAUAGAGUUUAGAAAUUUUAUAAAUCAGAAACUUAUGUUAUGAGAUUAGCUUCCAUAAAGAAAUAAAGAGGAUAUAUACUUUAAAUUGUGUCGAUGUUCUUAUAUUGACAUUUGUAUAGUAUUUCAAGCUUUUCAGAUAAUUGAGAGAUUUACAAAGUUAGCUAAUAUCUUUCACCCUUUCAUAAGAAUUCUGAAAGAUAUUUUAGGAGUCUUUCAUUAAAAAGUAAUUUGUGAGUUUGCAACCAACUUUCAAAUUUUGACUACAUUUCUGAGUUGGAAACAAUAUCUUUACCUUACUUAAAUAGGAAAUGUCUAUAUGAAUAGAGUUUGCUUCAAUAUAUUUUUGCCAAUGCCACACUAGGUUGAUUCAAUUUACAAAAUUAUUGAACUGUUGGGAAUUGUUAUUUAUUUGACCUGCAAAUUGCAAGUAGCAGUCGGGAUGCUUAUCUCCUUGUAAUCUGGAGUCAAAACAUCCUACAUGUAGAAUAGGAAACUGAAUGGUAUUUGAGUAAAGGUGCAUGUGACUGUGUGAAUACUGGUAGUGGAUGGAAAUAUAUCUUUGGAUCUGGCACUAAACUCAUCGUGCAGCCUAGUAAGUUACAAAUCCGGUGUUGAUCCCUGUGUUAAUUUUGAUCUCUUUUGAUCCAAGUAUUAAUUUUAUAUAUAUCACACUUCUGUGUGUAUUACACUAUAUAUAUAUAUAUAUAUAUACAUAUAUAUAUAUAUAUAUAUAUAUAUAUAUAUAUUCCAAAUAGAGAGCACUCUGAAGUCAUUUUUGGUAAAUUGUACUGUUGCUUUAUUAAGCAGAUGCAGUUAUAUUGCUUGUAUCACUGCAUUUGCUUAAUAAAGUUAUCAUAAGAUUUACCAAAAAAACUCUCUAUUUGGAAUAAAUAUUUAGUUGGAGAUUGCACCAAAGCAAUUAAAAGACCGGGAUCGUCAAGUGCUGGUACCUGGAAAAAAUAUAUAUAUUCUGAUCUUGAGAAAGACCUUAUAGAGGUCGAAACAUUGAUCCUUUGAACAGUUUACAUUUUUACAUCCAGGUGUGCACCUUUAUGAUUUUUCUUUAUAUAUAUGUAUAUAUAUAUAUAUAUAUAUAUAUAUAUAUGUAUAUAUAUAUAUAUAUUCAUAUAUAUAUAUAUACACAUGAAGAGAGUGAGAGAGAGAUCAAAAUAUAUGUCAUAUCAAUAUCUGUAUCAAUAUAUUAAUAAAGAGGUUGCUUCUUACCUUUUUGUUAAACGGGCAUUCAUUUACUAUUUAAAAUUAUUUGUGAUAUUUAUUUAACUGUUGUGUUUGCUUAUAUACCUGAAAUCCAUAACUAUUUUACAACAAUAAGAGGAUUAAGUUCCAGUAAACAGGAGGCAACUUACAUGCAGAGAGCAGGAGAUUGAAUUGAGUGGCAUUUAAGCAAAGGUGUUUCUGACUGUGUGAAUACUGCUAGUGGAAGGAAAAUAAUCUUUGGAUCAGGAACCAAACUGAUUGUGUUGCCCAGUAAGUUACAAAUAAUACUAAUUUUAGAUGUUAUCGUUCAAUGUAAGGCUCAACCUAUUGAGUAUUUCAUCUAAAUAUAAAUUUAGUAAUAGUAUUAGUUUAAUUCAAGUUUUCUGUAUUUUUUUAUUUUUUACAUAUGUAACUAAGAAUAAAUUACAUUCUUUGUUCUUUAUCACAUAAAUUAUCUGAAAGAAUAAAAUAGAAGCUAAAUAAUUUUGGACAAUUUCUUGUUUCCUGUCCUUUUCCUCAGAAUAUCAGUGUAACUAUCCCUAAAAACGGGUGUGCUAUUUCAUGCCCUUUCCCUGAGGAUAACAGUGUAUCAAUCCCUAACUUUUUUUUUUUACUAUUUCACAGUAUAAUUUGUACCACUGCUAUUGCAAGUCUAUAUCAUACAUCAUUUUCUAACUGUAAAAAAAAAAAAAAAAUCCUGCUGUUAAUCUAAAGUAUGUGGAGGGACAUUAUGAUUCAUGAAUUUUGUUCAAGCAAUACCUUCCAUUAAUUUCUGAGACUUAUAAAAUCGCCAUUAAAAUGUAUGGUAUAUUUGCUCUUGAAUAUUUUGGCAGUUGACAGGCAUGUACUAACCAAGAUAUUGAGAGUACCAUAUACACAUGUGAGUUUUGCUCCCCUUUUAUGUGAUAUGUCUGGCAUAACAUGAGUAUCCAAUAUCUGGAAUAACAAAGCAUAAAAUGAAAUGGCUUAGAUUAUACAUAUUUUAUUAAACAUUAUCUACUCCAUGUAUAUAUCCCAUCAUAAAGAAAACAAUAUGCUUUAAUGACUAAUUUGAGGUUUAGCAUUGGUUAUGCUAAAUGUAUUUAGUUAUAGUGUUUUAGCUAAAACUAAGGCCACUUGCUUUAAGCAGCACUCACAAAGGGUUAACAUUGUUGUGUAUAAUGAGGAGUAGGGAAGUUAGUGUAAUAGCUCUCCUCACUGUGUGAAUAAUGCUGGCAGGAAAGUCAUUUUUGGAUCUGGCACCAAGUUAGUUGUCAAACCAAGUAAGUCAUACUAUCAAUCUAUAUAACAUAUAUAUGUAUUCUAUAAAUCCAGAAACAACUCUGAGUCUUUAAAUGAAGAAAAUAUCAGUAUUAACAAACAGCUGUAGUUUUAUUAUUUUAGAAUUAUUCCCUCAACGUUUAUAGAAAACACCAGUUUAUUUAUAAUGUUAUACAACUGGCAUGUCCUUUAAUCACAGCAUAUUGAGAAGGGAUUUAUUGCCAACAUCUCUAAGAAUGCUAUCUUUAAAAAAUAUAGCCUUCGAUAUGUUGAGAAAAACUUAUAACAAAAGGCCAUGAAGCAAUUUCCUUAAAAUUGGAACAAUUAUAAUAAACACAAAAUAAAUCUUCAUAGUAACUGCCAACUUAAAAUGUUUGCCUCAUAACUGACCCUAUAAAAAGAGUUCUGCUGGCCCUGUGCCAAGAGUCAUUUAUAGCACAGCAUGGCUGUACUGGCAGAGUCCUUGAGCCAUUUCACAGUUACUUUACUGUAUACAGGACAAUCACUGUGUGAAUAGUGGUGCAUCCUAUGGUAAACUGAUUUUUGGAUCAGGAACAAAACUGGUCAUUACAUCUAGUAAGUAUUUUAACUUAACAUAAAUAUUCAUUAUGUUUUGAUAUUCAGUUAUGAUUUAAUAUGUUUAAUGAAUAUCUUACAUUUCAGGUAUUGUUCACAAGCCUUGGGCAAAAGCUAAAUGCUUCUGGAUUUAUCAUAUUUAUCAUAAGAUAAUUGCAUAGUUACAUAGUAAUCUAGGUUGAAUAAAGAUUCAAGUCCAUUAAGUUUAAUCAUUAAAACACAUAUUUGUAUGCUGUUAAUGCAUAAUCAUUGCAAAAAAACAACCUUUAGCGAUGGCCAACUAUACCACAACAAAAAGAAACAAAAUCUUGACUCUAUAUGGCAAUCAGAUUUCUCAUUGGAUCCACAAAACGUUAGGUCAUCCAUAAGUGAAUUAGUAAUAACAAGAAAUAAGAUCUUUAAGCUUGGUUUGGUAUGAGCCUGUCUACUGGUACAAGCAUUAAGCAGAUUAUUCAGAACUAAAUAUUUUUUUUUAUUAAUAUUAAGGUUUAUCAAAGUCUAGUUUAAGUUAAAUGAUUUGGCUAAGUCUGAAUUUGACUUGGAUGUGCUAAAGAUGGCUAUUUCAAUUAAUGGUGCCUUGCUAUGCAGCACGUAAUCAAAUAACUAAAAUGAAUUAAUGCAUUAAUCAAUAUACAGUAUAAUCAUGUAUGUGUUUAAGCAGCUAAUAUCCCUUACUUGAUUUAAAAAAAAAAAACACUGCCUGGCAGUAAAUAUUUGCAUUGACCUUGGUAAUUAAGCAGUGUCGUUAUUGCCAUACUGUGUAUCACUGUGCUAAUUACAAUGCUGGUAAAUUUAUAUUUGGACAAGGAACACAAUUAGUGGUGAAACCAGGUAAACUUGGCCAAAUUACAUAUGUCACAACUCAUAAUAAUAUAUGUAUAAAUGCUAUUAUUAAUUAUUGUUUCUUAAAUAGGGUGUUUGAUAAAUUUGUGCAUUCUUAUUUAAUAAGUAACUCUUAUUUGUAAUAUACUAUAUUAAUACUGUAUACAUGUUUUGUAUUCUAAGAAGAUAAAAAAUUAUCAAUCAAAAUCUUUUUAAAAUAGUCAUAUAGAUUUAUUCUCUAAACCUGCAGUUGUAGAAAAUCUAAAAAGGGAUUGCAAUGUUUAAACCAAAACAUAUCUGAAUCAAUAUUUGAGACUUAAUCUUAGUACUGCUUCAAAGGCUCUUAAAUCUCAUUUAUAAACCACCAGAACCAAAAAAAAGUAUUGUAUUCAUAUUUCAGUGUCAUCAUUCUUUCUACUAUUUUCUUCAGUAUGCCAAAAUUGUCCAUUUUUAAAUAUUAAUUAUUUUAAUUAGUGGCUAAAUUAUCGAACCAAACUGUAAAUACAACACCAGUUUGUAACAUUAAUGUCGUGGAGGAUCUCACUGUGUGAAUACCUUUAAUAACAAGAUCACUUUUGGAUCAGGAACCAAAGUAAUCAUCAAUUCAAGUGAGUUCCAAAGUUAUUAUAAUACUUGGUCCAACAGAAUUACUGGACCUAACGAACUAAAUAACAUACAUUUCUAUGCCAUACUUGUAUUUAAAUCUGGCAGUAUUAGUUAUGAUAUAUUAAUAUUAUUAUCACAUGUAAACCCAUGUUUAAAUGUAGAUUAUAUAUGCCAUAAAGAUAUUUUAGAAAUGGAACCCAGUAAUUUUUAGAGGUGUAAGCUACAUUUUUAUUUCCUCCAAAUGCAUGCAAUUAGUUUAUACCACAACUUCUUUAUAGUUUUUUCACUCAUAUCAGCAUUUUUUUUCAUGUCUCAAAAGAGUCAAUAUAGUCUUUUAUUGUACUUUCAAGACUGUUUCAUUCUACCUUCAUUUUUUUUUUUAUAAAACAUCAUAUCUGGGUGUUUUUGAAAAAUAUACAUAACUAACAUGGAUAUUUUCCAAAAACACCCAGAUAUGAUAUUUUAUACAAAUUUAAAAAACACAAAAACCUCAAUCUGUAAAAAAUAGACAUAAAUCAACAGGAAGCCUAAAUGUAAAAGUAAAAUAAGUAACAAUGGUGAUUAACAGAUGUCCCUUAAACAAGUAGUACUCAUAAUUUAAUAUUGGUUAGUGUAAUUAAGUCUGUCACUGUGUGAAUGAUAACAGGAAGGUACAUUUUGGAUCAGGCACAAAAGUUGAUGUUAUACCAAGUAAGUUAGUUUAAUAAUUAUUCAUCCCUAAUGUUAUUGCCAAAAUAAGAUGAAUUGCCACUCAAAUAUAUUCAAAAUGUAAGAUCAGUACUCCUUCAACCCCUUAAGGACACAUGACUUGUGUGACAUGUCAUGAUUCCCUUUUAUUCCAGAAGUUUGGUCCUUAAAGGGUUAAAACCACUGAAAAUGAGAGGUGGAACAAAAUUGGUGUUUAGUUAUCAACCUAACACUUCAGUAACCCUUGUGUAUUCUAACCUGGAUCUAUAUAAGCCAAAAUAACAUACUUGGCAUUUAUUUAGUGAAUAAGUCGCUGAACAUUUGCUUUUUCUCUAUAUAGCACUAAGCAUUGGCUAAAUAAUGUAUUUAUAUAAAUCAAAAUUAUCUUUGCAUUUGAGGUAAAUGAUGGAUAGUCAUUGUGUGGAAAUAUACUCCUUAUGACAAUGUCUAACUAAACCAGUGUAUAUUAUUGUAAGCGCGUUUACCACAGUGCAAAUAAUAAUCUUGAGAAGCUUACAUUUGGAAAAGGCACCAACUUAAUGGUGAAACCAGGUGACAUUUUGAUUUCUAGAUGUUUUUUAUCUGUGACUGUUACUCUGUCCAUCUGUCAGUUUAUCCAUUCCUACAUAUACACAUCAAUCUAUUUAUCUAAAUUAUAGAAUUAGAUAUUGUAUAAUAUGGCAUGCUGUCUUAGAUGAAAGCUGUUGUUGCUAUGCUGUGCAUCACUGUGUGGAUUAUGCUAAUAAGCUUACAUUUGGAAGAGGGACUAAAUUGGUGGUGAAACCAGGUUAGUUGUCCUCUAAAUAAUCAAACUUAUAAGAACAUAAAUCCAUAUGAUAUUUGUAUGUUUCUGCUUGUCUGUUUGCCAAAACCCCGGAGGCUGACUGUUUUUUUCUAGAAAUGUAUACAGGCCAAUGGCUAGAUGAUAAAAAAUGACAAAGCAACCCAAGUGAAAAAUGAACUAUUAAACUAUGUUGCAUAGAAAAUGCUUUAAAGUUAAAGUAGAACCUUCAUCACUUUAUACUGAUUAUCAGUCAAUGGCUGAGCACAAUAAUACUAAUUUACAUGUUUAAAUCAUUGUGUAUUGGCAUGGGUUAUCUAUCAUAAGCUUGCACUUGGUCUGUGACCAAAAUGGAAGUUAAACCCAGAAAGUUAAUUUCUGCAGAUACUGGCUAAAUAGAUGUAAAGUAAAUAUUAUUUUAGUGUAACACCAUGAAUGUAGGCGCUAUGUCUUUAGACAAACCUGUACUAAAUUAGAGCUCCAGCUGCUCUAAAUGCAUGAAAUUCUUACAAGUUCGUAAUAAGCAUGCCCCAAUAAAUACAACCAGCAUUUUCUUACCUGUUAAAAGGUAAUGUGCAGUUCAUAUGUGUUACUUUAUUGUACAUGGGCCUAUCACUGUGUCAAUGAUGGUACUGCAUUUGGGAAACUAAUUUUUGGCUCAGGAACAAAGCUGAUCAUUGUACCUCGUAAGUAUCUUGAUUAAAUGCUUUGGGCAGUUAUAUGACCACUUUCAAUUACAACCUACAAUUUUUUUAUAUUUUUUAUAUGACUUGCCUUUGGACUAUAUUAUAUAGUGUUUAAAGUUCCUUGAAAUAGUGUUACUUAUUUAUUUAAGUAAAGCACACAAAACUAAUCACCUAAUAAAAUAAAAGCACAUUUUAAUAUUCAUCUGUUGAAUGUAAUAAAAAAUCUAGACAUUUUCAUUCACAAAAAAUAUUUUUUUUCUCUUGCAACUUUAUAAACAAAAUUAGUGUAAUAUUUUACAAUAUUUGUUAUUGAAAUUUAAAUUUAUAUGAUGGCAACUUUUAUUUAACCAUGAACUAAUGCAUAUAAAAUAUGUACUUUAUACAUUUUUUCACACUAAUUAAAAAGUUAUAUUUUCUGGAAGAAAGUAAAUAUUGGUAAAUAGUAAUAGUCUCUGACUAUGCAUGGACACAAUUUUUUCUUACAUUAACGUCUGCUUCUUUAAUGGAAACAAAAAUAAAAACUAUAUGGGUGUUAUUUGGAAAAAAUACUGUGUAUGAAUUGUUUUCUUUAUCAGGUAUUUUAUGACCUGGAAAAGAAUCUCUGUGCUUCAGUCUGAGGCAUACAGAGCACACCUUACACAGAAACACUUAAUUUUGUAUAUAAUCAGUAGUCAGGAGCCUAUCUGUAUCGUCUGUCCAUUUCAUCAACAUGGAGUACUAUCACUGUGGAGGCAAUAAAAAAAAAAAAAACAGCAAACCACUAACAAUAAUUUUCUGUGCGGUCAAUGUAUAAUGAAUGAAUGGCUGUUUUAUACAGUUCGAGGGCUUCUUUUUUUACUUGUUUCUCUAUUAAAGAUGCAAAAGUUAAAAUAAAAUGUAAAGAGCAUCUGGCAUUUCUAUUUACAUGGAAAAUCAAGUGGAUCAUAUUUCAAAUACACAUUUUUAUUAAUUUACUUAACUGGCUCUGUCUUCCACAAUAAAUACAGAAAGUAAUUUUGAUUAAUCAUAUCUAGACUUUGGUUGGAAGACCAGGCAAAGGGCCUUUUUGCUACAUAUGCUUUAUAAACCACUCAGCUUAUCAAAGAUAAAUAUUUGAUGGAUGAAUUCAUCCUUAUUUACUAUUUAAAAUGAUUCAUCUUGAAAUACCAAUUAACUGCCAUGUGAUCAAAACUGAACUGAAAGCAAGAUCUGACUCUGAAUUGUGAUGAAGCACAACUCUAAGUGGAGGUUUGUGUUAUAAGGAAUUUUACUGUGUGAGUGGUAUUAGUAACAAAGUCAAUUUUGGAUCAGGUACCAAAUUAAUCAUCAUUCCUAGUAAGUUUGCUUUUUAAUCUUGCAUUUUGCCAUUAAAUUCAGUGAGGCUAAUGUAAGAAUGUAUUUAUAUAUAAUGGAAUAAGGUAAAAUUAAUCCAGACAUAAUGUGUCUGUGUGUGUUAUUAAAAAGGUUGUACACCACAGUUCAAAUGCUAAUCUCAAAAAAUGUAUAUUUGGACAAUGUGAAAACAGGUGACAAUUGUACUCUGGUUUUUUUUUUCUAUCAUUAUAUAUGUAUAAAGAUUUUGUGACAUUAGAUAGAAAGAUAGGUAUAUAAAUGGAUGGAAAGACUGACAGAAAUACCGUUAUUGUUUUUUUAAUUAAUGAGGAGAAUCAAUCAGAUAAAGAAAUUUCAGGCACUUUUUAUGAAUUCUACUAGUUGGUUCUGUACUUCAUAGUAAAUAAAUAAAAUAAUUUUAACUCAUUGCACCAAAGCUUUGGAUUAAUGUUUGGAAUUCUAGCCUAAUAGUUAGUUUCCUAUGUUUAUUUUAUAAACUACUUGCUUUAGUUAACAUAAAUAUUUUCUGGAUUCAUUUAUCUUUAUUCAAGUUACCUGAAAUGAUUCACAUUGAAAUACAAACUUGCUAUCCAAAAGUGCCAUAUGCUAAAUGUUGGCCAUAGAAUGGAUCUGAAAGUGGAGGUUUGUGUCAUAAGGAAUCUUACUGUGUGACUGGUACUGGUUACAAGGUCAUCUUUGGAUCAGGCACCAGAUUAAUCAUCAGUCCUAGUAAGUUCUUAUUUUAAUUGUGUGUUUAUGCCAAUAAAAUACUAUGAGGCAGAUAUAAAAUUUAUAUUGGUUCUGAUAGAAAAUAAUGUUAAAUGAAGUUUGAUCUCCGUUUUGUUUAUUUGUGUUUAUCAAAGAAAUAACAGUAAGCUAUUUGUUAGGAGAUAUUUCAUUGUGUGAAUUAUGGUGGUAAUAGAGUAAUCUUCGGUACUGGAACGGUACUGACUGUAACUCCUAGUAAGUAUUAUUAUACCAUUUAUUAACUAUAUAUAUGUUCAUAUAUACUGACAUACAUUCACCAGAUAGUAUUACUUUGAUUAAAAUGGAAGAUAGGAAAGGGAAAAGAUGAUUGCAUCUUAAACUAGAAAAAUGGUCAGAAUUGUGGCAACUGACAUUUAAUGUGGAUAAGUGCAAGAUAAUGCAUCUUGGACGUAAAAACCCAAGGACAGAGUACAGAAUAUUUGAUAGAGUGCUAACCUCAACAUUUGAGGAAAGGGAUUUAGGGGUGAUUAUUUCUGAUGACUUAAAGGUAGGCAGACAAUGUAAUAGAAAAGCAGGAAAUAUAAAAAUAAUAUCAGGAAGUAUUACGUUACUGAGAGGGUAGUGGAUGCAUGGAAUAGGCUUCCAGCUGAAGUGGUAGAGGUUAACACAGUAAAGUAUUUUAAGCAUGUGUGGGAUAUGCAUAAGGCUAUCUUAAUUAUAAGAUAAGGCCAAGGACUAAUGAAAGUAUUUUAAAAAAAUUGGGCAGACUAUAUGGGCCAAAAGGUUCUUAUCUGCCGUCACAUUCUAUGUUUCUAUGUUUCUAUGUUUAUUCCUUUUUUCAUAAUUCAAGAAAUAACAUUGAUAGUGGAAAAUCUUUCAUUAUUGCAGGUCUUGUUAUACUUGCUUUAAUCAUAAAGCAUCAUCAUAUUCCACUGUAUUAUGAUAAAAUUAUUAUUUUACUUUCAUAUGCUAGAAUUGUGAAUGCUUAAAAAAAUCUCAAAGAUAGACAGACAGACAACUUUAUAGAAUAAAAUACCAAAAUAGUUUGACUAAUGUUGUUUAGGGAACACUAAUAUUCUAUCAUCUUUAUAGAUUAUAAUAUAGUAUAUAUAUCUUCUUAACAGCUUUUCAUAAACAAUAGUUUAUGUACAAUAAAAUUGUUCUUAGCACAACAAAUUUGUGCUUUUUAAAUAACAAUAUGUAAAAGUCUAUGUUUCCAAAUACAAAAGAAAAUAGCAAAGUUUUCCUUGUAAUGUGUGCACUGGCAAUUUCUGGAUAGGUUAGAGCAAUGAAGCUUUUCACUGUGUUCUGGCACUGGUGGGUGGAAGUUGAUUUUUGGAUCGGGCACAAAUCUUGGUGUUAAACCCAGUAAGUCAACACAUUUUACUUUGUUUUAACAUUAGCAAUCUUGAAUCCAGUAUAUACUUGCGUAUCACUGAAAUAACUAAAUCAAUUGUGUAAACAGUGCAAGCCAAUAACAUCAAUAAUAAGCUAGUCAUGUGUGUUGUGCUAUAUCGAUGGACUCUUAAUAUUUAUUUUGGAUUAAUUUAACUCAUUUUCAUUAAUUUUACAUUUCUGCAUAUAUUAGUAAGCUUUCAAUAUAACACUACUAUAUAUUAACAUUAACAACACAAAUAAUUAUAAAAUCUAAGUUUUAGGUCGAAUUGGAUAGAAUAUAAUGGAUAAAGUGAGAUAUCUGUUAGAAUCAAGGAAAAUUAUCCCAGAUUGUGACUGUGUCUGUGUGUGUUAUUGCAAAGUUUUAUCCCACAGAGCAAAUGCUAAUUUGGGAAAUUUGCAUUUGGACAAGGCACCCAGUUAAAUGCAAUACCAGAUGACUAAUGGUCAUGUGAUGUACUUUGUAUUAUUUUGUUCUAUGGUUCCAUAUACCUAAAUGUUUAUGAUGCUACACAGAUAGACCAAUAGAUAUAUAGAUAGAUAGAUAGAUAAACACAUCUAUUUAGAAAACAAAAUAGAUAUUUUUAAGUACUUUUUGAAACUUAUGAUAUUUUCACACAAUAAUGUUUACAAAAAAGAUAGAGGAUAGAUGGAACAAUCUACACUUAAUCAUACUUAAAAACAUAUUGCAAAACUCUUGCCGACAUAGAAAAAGAAAACACGUAUAAUAUAUUGGCUGGAAUAUAUUUAAGGCCCAGUGCCGUGUAAUCACAAUUUUCCAUCUUGUUCUCCUCCUGAUAGAAGACAGACAGAUAGAUAGACAGACAGAUAAACAGAUGGACUGAUAGAUUUUUCAGAGAGGCACGCAUUUGUUACAGUAUUCUUACAGAAUUAUUGUUCAUCUUCCAAUACCAGUUCAUCAAAACACAGUUUGAGCCAAGUUGCUUAUUAUAAAGAUCUCACUGGGCAAGUGUGGGCACUAAGAAUAAUUGUAGAAUUAGAUUUAUAAAAUAGAUGAAUACACAAAUAAUGAAAAAGAUCAAUCAAAUAUAAUAUAGUCAUGGAUUCACUUAAUUCUUAUUUUCAGUAUUUGGCAGUGAAGCUGAAUAAAUUAAUGUAAUAUAAAAUGCACAUUUCAAUGUAAAAAAAAAAUAUGCAUAGUAAAUUAAAUCUAAAUAAAUGAUACAUGCUUGUAAUGUUUAUCAUUCCAGUGGUUCUGAAUAAUUAUAGUGUAGUAAUCUGCAUAGAAUUGUGUAAAGCUGAAUAUGACUGUGCAUAUGGUGGAGGUACCACCAAACUAACUUUUGGAAAGGGCACUGAACUAAGAAUCUUUCCAAGUGAGUAUUAACACUAAUAGUUCCCUGUCUUAUAAAAAUAACAUGUAACUAAAUAAAACACAUCAAAUUAAAACCUGCAAAUUAUCUAAUUUUCCAAACCCAUGUUCCCCAAACUGAACCAAGGGACCUAUAAAGAAAAAAAGGUUUAAGAAUUUACUGAUAUGCAGGUGAGGUAAUGAAAAAGUUGAGUUACUAAUUAACUCACUUAUGAUUAAUAUUGUGAAAUUCUAAUCACUAGUUCAAAGCACUAAAAGGACAGAUAAAUUAAUUAAAAUGCUAUUCUUGGUUUCAUUUGUUUGCAUAAUGGUAAUAUUCUAGUAUCUCCAGAUAUUAUAUUGGAUAACUUCUUCUUAGCUUUUCAUAAACAGAGGAGUUACUUCUCUUUGCACAAUUAUAUAUUUAUAAACACAACCAAUGUGUUCUAUUCAAAAAUAUAUAAAUAUAAAAAAUAUAGAAUCCAUAUUUAUAGCAGCCUUUGUUUACAAAUAAAAAAGGGAAAUAGGGAAAAGUGCUUCUUGUAAUUAGUGUAACUGGGAAUUUCUGGAUGAGUUAGUGUCAUGAGGUUUUUCAUUGUGUGAAUACUGGUGGCUGGAAGGUGACUUUUGGAUCGGGCACUAAUCUUGAUGUUAAACCCAGUAAGUUAACCUAUUUUACUUUGGUUUAUCAUUGACAAUCUUGAAUCCAUAGUUUAUAUAAUUAUUUUAAUUUCCAUCCAUCUGACAUUUCUGUACAUACCACUAUGCUAUUGAUUAAAUAAAAUGUAAUAACAUUAAUAAUGAUAAUACAAAUAGCAGAUGGAGGAGAACUGGAUAGAAAACACUGUAAUUAAGUGAGAUAUCGGAAUAAAUCAGGGAAAUGAAUCCAGGUAGACUAGUAGUUGGGGUAGGUAAUUGCAAUGUUGUACAGCACAGUGCAAAUACUAAUCUUGGGAAACUUACAUUUGGAAAAGGCACCCAGAUAAAGGUGGACCCAGGUGAAUGUUUUAUUGUUUGUUUCUUUUUUUUUUUCUUUUUUUAUAUAUACUAGUCUGGAGCUUGUGACAUUAAAAAUGAUAGAUUAGAUAUAUAAAUAGAUGCAAAAAGAUGGACAGAUGGAUGGACACACAGAACAAAUAAAAAUGCUAUGCUAUAUUUUUUUAGUUAAUAUUGUAUAUUGAAUAGACAGAUCGAUCGAUAGAUAGACAGACAGACAGAUGAUAGAUACAUCUAUUGAGAAAAAAUAUUUUCAAAACAUUUUCAAGUAUUUUUUUAAAUACACAUGAUAUUGUCACGCAAUAAUGUUUACAAAUAAAAAAGUUGAGAAAAAUACAUGGAGACCUUACAAACUCUCAUUAUGACAUGGAAACUAUGUCCAGUGACAUAUAGCCACAUUUUUGUCAUCCAAAUCACCAUGUUAGAAGACAUAGCAUGAGCCAAUAGAUCUUAAUUAUCUGGGCCAGAAUGUAUUAUUGCUAUGCUGCACAUCACUGUGCUAAUAACAACGCUAGAAAAGUUACAUUUGGCAGUGGUACUAAACUGGUGGUGAAGCCAGGUGAGUUCAAGUGUAUAUAAUCAUUUACUGUGGCAACAAGUCCAAGUCAUAUUUGUCAGCCUUCUGUCCAUGUCUCAGUCUAGUUCAGUCCAUAUCCAUCUUUAUGUAUGUCUAGACUUAACAACAAAAAGCAAAGAAGUAAAACAAUAAAUAUAUAACUGUCAAAAACAAUACAAUGUACCUGUUAGAGUUUAUCAAAACUAUGUAUUUUAUAUCAAUAUUGUACUGGUCUUUACUAGCUGUAAAGAAAAAGGGUCUUUAUUGCAUCCACUUUCUUCAUUGUGUCUAUACUAGCAUAGGUUACAAUAACUCUUUGGCUCAGGGACCAUACUAGUUGUUGAAGCUGGUUAGAAAAUAAUAGCAUAUAAGUCAUAUUUUGAAAUUAGUACUCUUUAUUUACAAAAAUCUAGUCUGGUGUCCUACCCAACAUUUAUGAACUUGCCUUUUAACAAUUAAAAGAUAGACAUAAGAGUAAAAAUACACACUGAUCUACUUAAAAGAAAAUCAAACAAGUAAUUGUAAGUGUAAGAUGAAACCUAGUGAUAUGAAUCAUUGAUAAGUCAAGUGAAAAGAAUUAAGAUUAAUUAGAAUGAAAUAUUCAUUUGGGACACAUUUUUAUUUUUUGCUUAAAAGUUAUGUUAAAUUUUAUAUUAAUAGCCUAUAUACACAUGAUUAAAAAAAUGUGUAUAUAUAAACAUGUAACAUAUUUAACAUAAAAAUACAAUUUGCAAACACCUGUCUUUGUGAUAAAGGUAUCCAUUGGACUCCCCAAUUACCUGUGACCUGGUGAAUAUAUUAUGCUUGUUGAUACUGAUUAUGAUCAACUACAAAUACAUGGGGAGCCAUUUUUGUAUAAUCAGAUAAAAUGAUUUAGUCAUGAAAUGUAAACCCAAAAGUAAAACAAUUGGGUUUAUUCAAUAACUGCAGAAUUCUGCAGAAUAUUUAAGGGAAUUGCAUAACUUAGGGAGGGAGUUAAGUUGAAUGUUUUUUUUGUUUUUUUUAAUUCAUCUAUUUUGGCCUAAAGGUUUUACUUCCCUUAAUAAUUCUCCACAAUUUUCAAUGUAAUUUCACAUUUAGUAAAAAUAAAAUCACAAUGCUCUUCUAAUUUGGUUGAAAUGAACACCACCAGUUUAUGUAGUUUAUGUAAUGAUAGGUAUGAGUGUGUAAAAGAUAGCUUGAAUAUAUUUUUUGGACCUGACACUAGAUUAUCAGUCACUGCUAGUAAGUUUUUUUUGUACAUGCCUUUAGUUUUAGACAAUGCAAUUUAAACCAGGAAUUGAGGUUUGUCAUUUAUGUAUUGAUGGUUUUCAAUGUGUAAAUAAUGCUGGACUCAAGGUUUCUUUUGGAUCUGGAACCAGAGUAAUUUUGCAUCCUAGUAAGUCCUAUUAUAUUCUUAAACUGGACCUAAAAAUGCUUCAGACAUGUUAGAAAUAAUAACAAUAAUAACAUAAUUUUCAAUAAAUAUGGUGCUCAUGCAACAGAAAAUAUAAUUGCUCUCUUACAACAGUUUAUUUAAGAGAUAAUUGACUAUUUGACCUUUUCUUAUCAAUCUUAAACAUGCUAUCUUUGAAUUUUUAAUGCACAGUUUUACUGCCUUAAUUUGGUCAUAAAUAUUCUUGAUGCAUGUGCCAGCAUACAACAAUACAAUUAAGAACAGAUAUAUUACAGGGUGCCUAGCACACACCUUAUCUAGCCCCCCUACCUUCACCUAAAAAUACAUUUGUGGAGAUUGCAUAACAGAGCCUAUAAGUACAUCUCUAAAUAACUCUGUUCGCAAAAAAAAUGCAGCUACCAUGUAACAAAAUGAAAUAAGUACAUCAAAAUAUAUAUGAAAAGGAGAAAAAUAGGCAUACAUAAUCAAGACAAGCUCCUUUUGCUGUCAGGCACCUAUAGAUAGGCUCAAGCUACAGAUGACCAAAUGUCCAGUCCAUUGGGUUAUUUAUCCUCGUCAAUAGCUGCCUAUUUUGCCUAUCUGCAAAGCAUGCAGUGGAUACAAUGCAUCGGAAUUUAAUGACCUGUUUGCACACAGGUUGAGUGUCAAAGAAAAGCACUUACAUUCCAAAAUCCGAUCUUUAAACUUCAAUAGGGAUAUUUCCUCUUUUAUUCCUAUCAGGAUCUCAUAUUUUUUCUUGUUGCAGUAAAUAUCAAUUGUUUUGUUUGUUUUCAUACCAUGUCAUCGAUUCCAAAAAAGCCUAUUUGAAAGUAUGAUGGAAAGAAAAAUGGGCUUUCAUUCCUUAUAGUUACUUUAGUUCCAGUGUUGCUCUUUGUUUUGGCAGUAAUGGAUAUCUUGUGAUUUUGCCAGCUUUGCCACCAUUGUAUACAGAGGUGAAUGUGCAUUCCUUGCUAAACUAUGUUUCAAAGUACAAAUUAAAAUUUUACAAGAUUCCCAUUAUUAAAAUAUACAUUUAUAUAAAAAAAAUAUGAGAGCCCUUUACUAUUUAUGCAAGAUUUUCUAAACCUGUGGAACUUAUUUCUUAUGGAUCUAGAAUAUAGUUCGGUAAGUAACACCAAUGUUUGCUGACUUAAUAGUGGAGUAAUUGCCAUGAAAAUGGUAUAAUAUUCCUGCUUAAUGCUCCACUUUUAUAAUAUUGCUUCAAAAUUAGUUAUUAUAGAAAAGCAUUAUUUUAAAUUAUCAUUCUCCAACUCUAAUUUUUCAAUUGACCACCCUAGUUAGGUAUUUAUAUGCAGCAGUUUGUGAAGAAACCAUGUUAUUCACAUUCUUUGUAGGUUCUGCAGAGCAGAAGACAGCAGUUAUGAUGAGAGGAGUUAGUUUCAUGUGUUAUAAUAUAUUACUGUGUGAGUUAUGGAACAGGGUUGAACAAACUAAUAUACAAUAAGUACUCCAUUGACUUCAUAGAUGUCAGAAGCAUGGUACCAUACAAUGCCUUUAAUGUGAUGUCCACAUUUGUUGCAAAGGAAGUGUGUUAUGUGAGACUGUUUGGGAGAAUCAACACAAAUAGGGUUAUUCAUAAAAGUGUGAAUAUGGGAACUCAUAGUAAAUUCCAGUUUUUAAACUAAAUUAACACAAUGGGAAAAAAAUGUCCAAAUCAGCUAUGUUUUUAGAUCAUCUAUUUUAGCCUAAAUUACAAAAGUCAUUUUGAAUUCUCAACAAAAUCACACUCAGUAAAUAACCCCAAAAGGUUCUUUGGUAGCUAGGCAAGAAUAUUGUUAUUGUUCAAUUGGUCAUAAAGGCUGUUAUUUGUAAAAUGUAUUUUAUGUUUAUACAUGUUGUUUGAAAUAUAACCAAACUGAUUUUAUUAGGGAGUUAGGCCUCCAUUUAUUUAUGUAUUUAUUUAUUUGGGUAGGCUUUUUAGAAUGAUUCAGUAUUUUUGAAUACAUCUUCAAAUGAUUUUGCUAAAUAUUAAAAAAAAAAUACAAAAUGUAUUUAAAAAAUAUCAAUACAGCAAAAAAAAUUUAAAAUAUUUUUGCAAAUGUUAAAUAAUUUUAAAAGCUUAUUUAAACAAUAUUAAAUCCUUUUUAUAGCUCAUCAAAAAAUUUUAAAUCAAGGAAUUAAGAUUGAAUUAAACACAUAGGAAAUGUACUUGAAAAAUCGCUCAAUUGCCAAUUUGUGCAUUUAUAUUAACAUUCCCACACUGGGAAAUCAACAGCCAAAUGUGCUUGCUUUAUAAUAGCAAUAACGUAUUGACAAUGAAUAUUAAAAGUUGAAUGUCUUAACCUGGUGUUCAUUUGUUUUCACAGAAAUUCCUGAACAUACGACUCCUUCUGUCUACAUUUUGAAAUCAAACGAAAAUACAGGAGAGCUACCAAGUUCUGUGUGUCUGGUCACUGAUUUUCCAUCUUACAUUGGAUCAAUAAGCGGAUAUCAAUAUGAUGAACAAUCUGAAAGAGAACUGAAUGAUACAUUGUUGCUGGACAGUUCUGGACAGGAGUGGAGAUAUGGUUCUAUUUUUUGGGAUAAUAAACCAUUAGAUGAACCUAAGUGCAAUGUCAAAUACAAUGAUGGCCAGCUACAAACCCAAGCAGGUAUAUCAUUUUGGAUGCACAUUAGUCAUUACUACCUAUAUAUAACUAGAUAUUUUUAUUUUAUGUUUAUUAUUUUUUUACUGUAUCAUUCAUACUGUAUACAUGAAGGUCAUCUAGUUCAAUAUUAUACCAGUUUUAUCCUGAUAACAUGUUUUAGUUUGUUUUGAAAUUAUUCAUAAUUUACUGUGAGAGUGCCCAAUAGUGUCUACUAUUGCUUUCAUCACUUUUCAGUCAUCAAUUUUUACUAAAUAGUACUUUUUUUUUAUAUCAAAGCACAAUUUAAUAGACCUAGUAUUUGGAAAAAAUAAAUGUGUAUAUUAACAACAAAUUAUGUAGAGGUAAUUAAAGCCAAGUACAUGGCUUUUAAUGCUUCAACUAGCUUAUUCAGCUUGUAAAAAUGAAUACAAACAAUAUUAUUUAAAAGACAGUUAUGAUUAUAGAUUUUUCACAUGAUAAUAGCUUAUUAUCUAUAAACAUAUACAAGGUUAUUCACUACUGUGAGAAUUGCCAGGAGUUCAAAGAGAAUUUAAAAGUAGGGCCAAAAUAGUAAACUAAACACAGAAUCAAAUAUUUUUUUUAAAUCAUCUAUUUUGGCUUAAAUUAUUAAAUUCACUUCAGAUUCCUAUCAGUUCUCACUUUUGUGAAUAAAUCUGAUUAUUUUCACAUCUGCAUUUAUUUUAUUUAGCUUUUUUUAUUUACUCAUUAAUUUGCGAAAUUGUUUUUUUUCUUUCAGAUAAUGAUAUAGACAAAUGUUCUGAAUCAUCAAAUCAAGAUUACUUUGAAACAGGUAAGCUAAAUAUAUUUAAGAUAUAGGGAUAAAACAAAACCCUGAGGUUUAGAGAUGCAGCCAAUAUAAAAAGGAUUUGUGUUUCUCUUAGUCUUACUGCUAUGCCAUGUAUUUGUAAAUAUAUGUGUUAAAUGUGAUGUUAGUUAAGCCACAUAAGGCUUUGUUGGAAACAGCCAAUUAAAGUGUACAGCUCAAAGACAGCUCAGAUACCCUCAGCAAUAGCAGGUCAGAGUAGCACAGCCAAUAAGUGUAAGCCACCAAUAGGAGACAAGCCACCAAUAUAACAAGGUAGAGGAAGAGCAGAUGGCAAGUAUAUAUUUUAAACAGUAAAACCUGUGACAUUAUGCAAUGUGUCUCAGUAGAAUACGAGGCUAAACAUUCCACUAGUGAUCUGCUAGACAUCCCUAUGAACACCAAAAAGUUAGUUUUGAUUGUGAAAGGUGCCUUUUUACACCAUUGCUCACAUGAUUUCUAUAUUUGACAUUAUUCUGCAGGAAAAUUGCUUUUUUCCCCACUAAUUUAAUUCCACCUUGCUAAAAUAUUACAUUCACUAACUAGAAAGGGACAAAAAAAAUUAUAGACCUGAUAUCGUAUAACUGAAUAAAUGGGCCCGGUGUCAAUUUUACUGCUUAAUUAUGGUUUGACACACCAUAAUUAUUUGGCCUCCUACAUAACUCCAGUCCCAUAAAAAACAGCAAUGCCAGAACUUUUGGAGUAGCAAUAGUGAUGAUGUGCCACUAGAUCUGUAUAUUAAUAAAUAUCAUAUUUGUGGUAUAUUUUGCUUCUCACUCUAUUUAUGAUUUUAUAAUUAAUUAUGUAAACAUUAAAUUAUUUUAUAUGAUCGACAUACUACACUAGUAUGAACACUGCAAUCACUGCUUCUCUUCUGUUAAGGCUUUUCAAUUUCUGUUCAGUAAUGUUGUUGCACUAAGAUAUAAACUAUAUUUUAUUAAUUUCAAAUGAGAAAUAUUUUAGUGCAGGAUAAUGUGUUUUUGUACUUUAUAGUAUUCACUGAAAUUCUAAUCAAUGUCUUUUAUUACAGAUGAAAGAAUAAACACAACAUCUCUCACAGUGCUUGGACUGAGACUGCUGACAGUCAAAGCCAUAGUAUUCAAUAUGAUCAUAACCCUACGACUUUGGUCAUCGUAA